CUAAUUACGUGUUGCACAAGCGGUGUGUGUUUCCGUCAAACAUGUUUGGUAAUGUGUUAACGUUACAGUCCAGCGGUGAAUGACAGCGGAGUUUAUUCGAAGGUGAGCUCCCCUGCUGCCCCCCCCAGCCUGACUGCAGCUAGCAGCCAUGCUGCUCCCGUUGCUGGUGCGUCCGUCUCUCUGCGGCCCUCAGGCCUCCGUGAUCUUAACACGGUGCGUCCGGACGCUGCACUCUCAGGCCGAGCACUUCCUGCGACGGAGGCUCCCCCCGCGCCCUCACGGGCACAGCCGGGGCACCAAGACCCGAGGCCGGAAGUCCAAGAGCCAGGAGGAGGAGUGGAAGAGCCGCAACAAGACGGUGCUGACGUACAUCGCCGCCGCCGGCGUGGGGAUGAUCGGCCUGUCGUAUGCCGCCGUGCCGCUAUACAGGCUCUACUGCCAGGCGUCGGGGCUCGGCGGCACGGCGGUAGCCGGACACGACGCGGAUCAGGUGGAGACGAUGACGCCGGUGAAGGAACGCGUUCUCAAGAUCAGCUUCAACGCAGACACGCACGCCAGCAUGCAGUGGAACUUCAGACCACAGCAGACGGAGAUCUUUGUGGUUCCGGGCGAGACGGCGCUGGCCUUCUACAGAGCCAAGAACCCGACAGACCAGCCCAUCAUCGGCAUCUCCACCUACAACGUGGUGCCCUUCGAGGCCGGACAAUACUUCAACAAGAUCCAGUGUUUCUGCUUCGAGGAGCAGCGUCUGAACCCUCACGAGGAAGUGGACAUGCCCGUCUUCUUCUACAUCGACCCAGAGUUCGACGAGGACCCCCGCAUGGCGCGCGUGGACACCAUCAUCCUGUCCUACACCUUCUUUGAAGCCAAGGAGGGUCAGAAGCUCCCUCUGCCCGGAUACUAGACUCUGUCCCACACACACACACACACACACA